CAGUACACGACAUUAUUCUUUACACGCCAGCUGCCAAAACUUUGCCACAAAUCGUGGCACGUCAUCGCACGGACUUGUCACGCUACUACCAGGCAAGCAAGGACCCUCAAAAACAACGCGGGUUUCGCAACACUCGUCGGCCAUGGCGCAGGUUGCAUGCGUGUUCGGCGGCACGCGCGGCAUCGGGAUCGCCGUGGCGCUGCGCUUCCUGAGGGCGGGCAGCCCCGUGGCCGUCUUCUCGCGGGACCAGAAGAACGUCGAAGAGGCCCUGAAAGAACUAGCAUUGGAACCCGGCAUUGUGCACGGACGUAAAUGUGAUGUCCGCAAUGAAGCGAGUGUGCGGGAGGCCCUGGCUUGGACAGAAGAGCAGGUCGGCCCUGUGCACUACCUCGUGACUGCAGCUGGCAUUGGCCUCGAUCGCUUGCUUGCCCAAACAAGCGAGGCUGAGAUCCGGAAUCUUCUCGACACCAAUGUCAUUGGCACACUGUUUUGCGCCAAAGCAGCCUUGAAGGCAGGCAUGCUGCGCCGCCGACAGGGCUCCAUCGUUAAUGUGGGCAGUGUUGUUGGUGAACGAGGCAACGUUGGCCAAACUGUCUAUUCUGCCAGCAAGGCUGCCCUAGUGGGUCUGACCCGCUCGUUGGCCAAAGAAGUUGCCUCUCGGAACAUCAGAGUCAACAUGGUUCAGCCAGGUUUCAUAGACACUGGCAUGACUCGCGCGGAACACUUGCAAGCAGUGGUGGGCCGCAUCCCCCUGCAACGGCCGGGCCGUGCCGAGGAGGUGUCGCGUGCGGUGCAUUUUUUGGCAAGCAGCAGCUACGUGACCGGGCAGGUGCUGCCCGUGGACGGGGGCCUCCGGUUGGCCAUGUGAGGAGCGCGAGGCGAGCGCUCAGGCGCACGGUGCGGUUCCGGCACGCGCCAGGGCGGCCCAGGACAGGCCGUGGGACAGCACCAGGGGAAGCAGGAGUUCGGCCCCUUCCCAGGGCCAGGGCUUGCCGAGGUUCGGGCAGCAGCGGGUCGCCGGGCACGGCCCGGUCGCCCACACGGCUGCGCAAACGCGGGAGGAACGUAUAAGAGAUGUGAUACAACCUGUCGCGGAGAGAGAGAGAGGAAAGGGGAAAGGCAGGGAGGUUAACCAGAGAAAAAAAAAAAUCCGGUUGGCUACCCUACGCUGGGGAGAGAGGGGAGGGGGAGGUAAAGUGGAAACAAAGUAGAGAUAAGGAAAGGAAGGAGCAUAGACACACAAUCACAAUCGGUCACUGUCACCGAACACUGUCAUCGCACAGCACACUGACACUUGUAGCACUAUCAACAUCUGUUCAGGCUACAGUCGCCUGUCCAGUUCUGUCGCCCUGUCGACCUGUCGCGGAGUUCGCUGGCUUUCCCUAGGGAACAGAAUACGGAGCAGUGUGCACGGGUGGAGCAGUUUAACGUGACUGCUGUUUCGGUAGCAUUUACAUACAUCGUUGGUCGCCAUGGGUUUGGUUGGUACAGGCAGAGUUGGGUAGUACUACUAUAAGUGAGAAGGUGACAAAAAGAAUGAACGAGGAACCUAUAUGUGGCAGCUUAUGCAACACACAUCCUUUGUUUAUGGUCACAUUUGCGGGUAAACAUACCGUGAAAAGAGUUCGCGUCGUGGAGAUUAAAGCAUGAGGAACAUCUGAAGGUUCACAUUUAUACUGCACAGGGAAAAAGGAAUGAGAAAGCGUGUUGUGAAGACAGUGCAAUAUUUACAAUGCUUCAACAAUGUAGGACUACGAAAAUGGUGUCGUGUGCUGCCAUGACAAAUGACUGAAUUAAUUUUCGAAAUCGCGGAAUAUGUUACAAGGCGGGGAAAUUUUAUUGUGCUUUUUACUUUUGGAAGAAGGAAUAUUAAAACAGUUUAUACAGUUUG